AUGUCCCACACAGACUUCCACGAUCUGGCUCACAAUUUCCGAAAGGAUCAAACGUGGCACAAAACCGGGAAACAAUUCGAUGAGUCUCUCACCGCUCUAGAAUGGGCUCCAACCGGAACCACUUGCGCCAUAGGACAACUCGAUGGUCAUAUCCGAAUUUCACAUAUUUCACGGACAAUUGACGAAUGCUGUAGCCUAAAACCUUCAACAUCUCGUAUCACCAGCGUCUCCUUCAAUGAAACAUCCGACCUCUUCGCCUCCACGGCGCUUGAUGAGAAAAGCAUCAAUGUGUUCGGGUUCAACUCGGGGACUGGGCAACUCGAUACAAAAAAUGCAAUUCGAGUCAAUGGAACCGAGGUCCCCAGAUUUGCGGCCUUUAUGGAAGACGUGGCUCGAGGGCAGAAUAUCUUAAUUUCCGGAAUUGGGAAUGGGUUGAAGCUGUACGAUGUGGACAGUGGGACGUUGUUUCGGGACUUGAUGAUUAGAGGCGGUACAACCUCACUUCGAAGUUGGCAGGGUUGUAUGAUGGCCGUGGGAGUCGGUGAUAAAAGCGUACAGAUCUGGGACGUGCGGGUUAAAGAAGCCGUUUGGGUCUAUCGACCGGCCGGGACUUCCGUUCGUCCUUGCUUCGACAUCGACCACUGCAAUCGCAUUCUUACCGUAGCCGAUGAUAAAGGCGGCGUCAUAGCUGCAGAUUUGGCUUGCCGCAAAGAGAUUGCAAAGAAAAAGAUAAUGCUAAAACCAAUCAAAGUCCUGCGUCUCAGCCCCAAUAUGCGAUUCCUAACAUCGGCGGAUGAGGAAAGCCUGGUUAUGUCGAAUUUCAAUGACCCGGCCAAUAUCUCAACGCAUGAAUUGGAUAAGACGCUUAAAAUCACGGGUAUACGGUGGCACCCGGAAGAGUGCAGUUUUCUGUCGCGGUCCACCGAUAAGCAGUUGAUAUUGUGGAAUUAUUUGGAGGAGAAGAAA